UAGUGGUACCCCCUCCCCCACGCCGUGCUCCGUUUCACUCAAAGAUGGCGGCGGCUCCAGAGCCUCUGGUCUCUGGCUGCAUUUUAAGGCUUGUUGUUGUCUCCUUUCUGCACGGUUUCGGUACCCUUCCCCCGGUGGAUCGACACGGAAUUCCGGGUGCGUCUGCUGCUGAAGUGCAAUAGGCAUGAGGGUGAUCAGCCCUGCUUACUCCGUCCUGGUGUUGAGAAGCCCAGACUGCUGGAGUUGAAGAAGACAGCGAAACAUUUUUGUAGAACUCGACCACAUCACAAACGCACACGACGCACGUCUUGGAGAACAUGGACAUUGUUUGCAACUCAUAUUGAGAAUUUGUUUACGUAAAUGGUUUGUUGUCUAUUUUAAUUUUUUUCCCCCUUUUCUUGUUUUCAGUUUUUUUUUUUUUUUUUUUGCCAAAACUGGUCAUAUUUACACUAGUCACAUUUCUGUGACCAGAGUGGGUGGACCUAAUUUCACUGGAUGGCGAAUUAGGUUUGGGUGGGAGGGGGUUGUGCUAUGGUCAGCUGCUCAACACCGUGUUGUUCAUAUUCUACUUCAGUGGGAGUCGCUGUGCGGCCUCAAGACAAGGGAUAGUAAGUGGAGGAGAAAAAAAAGAAGAACUAGAAAGCAGAGACACCUGGCGCUUCGGCGCAGGCCAGGUGUCUUUCUUUGUCCGGUUCUUUACUUUGUUUGGUUUGGUAAUAGCGGUAAGGCCUCAGGGCCACCGCGCCCAGACGGACUGUAGCCAUGGUUAAACUGGCCAACCCCAUGUACACCCAGUGGAUCCUCGAGGCUAUCAAGAAGGUGAAGAAGCAGAAGCAGCGACCAUCUGAAGAGCGUAUUUGCAAUGCUGUCUCCAUGUCCCAUGGUCUGGACCGCAAGACGAUUCUGGAACAGUUAGAACUUAGCGUAAAAGAUGGAACCAUCCUUAAGGUCACCAACAAAGGCCUCAACUCUUAUAAGGAUCCUGACAACCCUGGGCGAUUGGCGCUUCCCAAGCCCAAAAGUGGCAGCUCUGCAGGAGGAGGUGGUGGCGGCGGUGGUGGCGGCAGUAGCAGCAGCAGCAGCAGCAGUAGUGGAGCUGGUGGCGGCGGCGGUGGUGGAGGCAGCAGCAACACUGGUGGUAGCUUUCAAACCCAUUUAGGGAAAAGACCUGGACUUGACUGGAACAAAUUGAUCAAGCGGGCACUGGAGGGCCUCCAUGAGCCAGGUGGCUCCAGCUUGAAAAACAUUGAGCGCUUUCUCAAGUGCCAGGCUGACGUGGCAGCCUACCUGUCGGGCAGCGGCUCCAUGGGGCCGGGCCUCUUCCACCAGCAGCUCAGGGUAGCCCUCAAAAGAGCUGUGGCCCAUGGACGCGUGGCAAAGCAGGGUCCACUUUUUCAACUCAUCAGCCGCAGCAGCUCCCAGGACGACGGCACCGGGGUGUUGUCCCUGGAAUCACUGCCACCUGUCCGUCUGCUGGCCCAUGAGAAAGACAAGCCGGUGGCCGAGCCCAUUCCCAUCUGCAGCUUCUGUUUGGGGACCAAGGAGCAGAAUCGCGAUAAGAAGCCAGAGGAGCUCAUCUCCUGUGCAGACUGUGGCAAUAGCGGCCACCCGUCCUGUCUCAAGUUCUCCCCAGAGCUCACGGUGCGAGUAAAGGCUCUGUGGUGGCAGUGCAUUGAAUGCAAAACCUGCAGCAGUUGUCAGGAUCAAGGAAAGAAUGCGGACAAUAUGUUAUUCUGCGACUCAUGUGACCGGGGCUUCCACAUGGAGUGCUGUGAUCCUCCCCUCACGCGGAUGCCAAAAGGCAUGUGGAUUUGUCAAAUCUGCCAACCCAGGAAAAAGGGAAAAAAUCUUUUACAUGAAAAGGCAGCACAAAUAAAACGGCGCUAUAAUGCACCGCUCGGACGGCCCAAGAACAGGCCAGGGCGGCCCUUCAAGAAGCUGGGUGGGCGUGCCCGGCGGAAGCGUUCAGCCUCGGCCAAUUCCUCGUCAAGCUCCUCUUGCGAAGGUUACCCUGGCGACGACCGGCUACUUUUCACGAUGCGAGACGGCGACGACCCGACGCAAAGCAGCCUUCGCUUCAACAACAAGACCAAGGGAUUAAUCGACGCCCUCACAAAAUUUUUUACACCUUCGCCUGAGGGUCGUAAGGCACGCCAGGAAGUAGUGGAUUACUCUCAGCAGUGUCGCAUUAGAAAGAAAUCCAGUCGCAAGGGAGAUGGAGAUGACAGAGCGGACAAUCAAGAAGGCAGUGACUGGCGUGAUGAGGACGACAGACUGCCUGGCCAUGAAAAUCUUACAGAAAAAGACAUUGAGCUGUUCAGACACAUCCAGGAGCUUGCUUUACAGAAAGUCGGAGUGACGGGUCCACCAGACCCUCAGAUGCGAUGUCCAUCUGUCAUCGAAUUUGGCAAGUUUGAAAUCCAGACCUGGUACUCUUCGCCCUACCCGCAGGAGUACAGCAGACUACCCAAACUCUACUUGUGUGAGUUCUGCUUGCGGUACAUGAAGAGCCGCAGCAUCCUCUACCAACACAUGAAGAAGUGCAACUGGUUCCAUCCUCCCGCUAAUGAGAUUUACAGGAAAGAAGAUGUCUCUGUGUUUGAGGUUGACGGCAAUGUGAGCACAAUCUACUGCCAGAAUCUGUGCCUGCUGGCCAAGCUGUUUCUCGACCACAAGACCCUCUACUACGAUGUGGAGCCCUUCCUGUUCUAUGUGCUCACCCAGAACGACAGCAAAGGUUGCCACCUUGUUGGCUACUUUUCCAAGGAGAAGCACUGCCAACAGAAGUACAAUGUAUCAUGCAUCAUGAUUCUUCCACAGUACCAGCGAAGGGGCUAUGGGCGCUUUCUCAUUGAUUUCAGCUACCUGCUAUCUAAGCGUGAAGGCCAGCCCGGAUCACCAGAAAAGCCUCUGUCAGACCUCGGUAGAUUGUCUUACAUGGCUUAUUGGCGCAGUGAGGUCCUGGAGUGCCUCCAUAGGGUCCAUGACCGGCAGAUCACCAUCAGACAGCUCAGCAAACUGACGGGGAUCUGCCCGCAGGAUAUCACCACAACCCUACACAGCCUCAACAUGCUUGAGCAGCGAGGAGACAGGACGGUCCUGGUGCGACGAGAGAAACUGGUGGCGAACCACAUGGCUCGUCUCAAGUCCCGACCUCGACAACUCGAGGUUGACCCCGAGUGUCUUCGCUGGACUCCUGUCAUUGUAACCAAUACUGUGGUUUCUGAUGUCGACGAGGAUGAAGAUGAGGAUGACGAAGAACUGAGGGACGACGACCACAAGGAGAUCAAGCAAAGUCACAAGCUUCCAUCAAUGUCAUGGCACAUGCGUCAAGCCAAGAAGAGAGAAGAAGAAGAAGAAGAAGAGGAGGAGGAUGACGAGGAAGAAGAAGAAGAGGAGAGCAAAGGUUUUCUAGGGUUUCCUGUCAACCAAAGUUCUCCAGCAUCGCCUUCAAUCCGUUGUCCACCUGCCGCACAACCACCUCGUCCACCUCUGCCUGCAAACGGAGAACGGAGACCCCGUGGGCGCCCACCCAAAAACUGGCCCUGGGGCAAAGGGGCGAAGGAUUGCCAACGAGUCGGACGUCCAUCUAAGGUCCGCCCAAUGGAGGAAGAGGAUGACGACGAUGACAAGAUAGAGGGAGGAAAAACUGGCUCAGCUGAAAGUCCGCCCUCACUUUUCUCAUUGGAGAGAAAAGCCGAGUCAACAGGUUUUCGCACACUGGACAUGGCCAGACACCCCACCAUAACCCCCACACGAAGAGGCCGCCCUCCAAGGAAAAAGAGAGGCCCCAAGCCCAGACAGAUGGAGGAACGUAGUGAUGGGCUCGCGCAGCUUCCUGGUGUUUCCAGGCUCGGUGAUCCUUCUCUUGUCCGGAAGAGCGGCUUCAGUGAUAGCAGUGAAGAAGAUGAGGAGGAUGAGGAGGAUGAAGAGGAGAGCAGGGCAUGCUCUCCACCCAUUCUCACGAAGCCUGCUAUGGGCCUUAAAUGCAAGAAGCCAUUGAGAAAGCGUCGUUUUCGUCAGCGCAGCCACCCUCACAGCAGCGUGGUGACCGAGACCAUUUCUGAGACCACGGAGGUUCUGGAUGAGCCCUUUGUAGAUUCCGACUCGGAGAGGCCCAUGCCGAGGCUUGAGGAGGAGACGCCCCUGGGUCACCCACUGCGCCGCUACCCUCCAGCCCGCUCCGCACUUAGGUUGUCAGACCCAGCUCCCAAAAGGGGAAGACACUGCAACCUCUCAGAUUCAGAGGAAGAUGAUCUUGCUGCUAUGCUGAAUCCUAUGGCUGAAUUGCCGUCAGGCCCGUCUGCAAACGUAGUUGCCAAUCCUGAGGUCCCAGUCAAGAAGAAGAAGGGCUGGCCUAAGGGAAAAAGUCGUAAACCACUUCACUGGAAGAAACGGGGACCCGGAAGGCCGCCUGGAAGUGGAGCCAACCAGCGAGCGGCUGCAGUAAGCCUAGCAACCGGUGCAACUCCACCGCCCAAAAUCAAAAUGAAGCCCGGUCGCAAGCCUCGGAGCUGGUAUCUGCAGCGAGCCCAAGAGGAAGCAGACAGGCAGGAGAAGGAGAGACAAAAACUGCUCGAGGAGCAGCUGGACAAAAAUGCCCCGCUGCUGUCAAUAGAUAGAAACAACAAACGAGUUUCCAGAUUCGCUUCUGAUAACAAAGAAAAGUACUCCGACGACGAGGACUAUCUCCCUAUGCCCGCGGAGCCAAAGGUCCCUAAAAGGAGAGGGAGACCACCUAAGAAUCCCGCCCUCCGUCAACCACCGCCGCCUGCACCAAAGCCACAUCAAACCUCUGAACCCGAGGAAGCAGAAGAAGAAGACGAAGAGGAGGACGAGGUUGCGGCAGAGAGAACCUGGGAGGAGAACAAAUCAAGCCGUCCGCUUUCUUGUCCUUUGUUGUCUCCUCCGUCCUCUUUAUCCAACCCAGGGCCUCGGGACCAACAGUUCCGUCCUCAGGGUAUGGAUAUUGUGGAAGGAGAAGAUGAUGAUGAUGAUGAGGAAGAAGAACGAGAAGAAGAGGAAUUUGAGAGGCAGGGAAAUAGUAAUCUUACAAUGCCGAGGAGAGCAACAGCUACACCGGGUUCAGGAAGCCGGCGUAGUGAGGACCAUGAUGCAGAUGAUGAAGGUGACGGACACCCAGAAGAGAAGAGCAGCAGUAAGAAAAGGAAAAGUCAGGAGUCGGAGGAUGAGGACGAAGAUGAAGACGAGGAGGAGGAGCCUGCUUCCCAUGCGAGCUCACCUCCAGUCAAAGAAGAACCAGAAGGCGGAGAGGCUUUUUUAGACAUGGAGAACAGCGUGGCCCGGGACUACGUCAGCAAGCAGGAGGAGGACGAAGAGGAGGAGGAGGAACAGCCUGAAGAGCAGUUGCAGGCGUCAAAGUGUCGCCCCCCCUCCGGUGACCCGCAGCAGGACGACAGGGAGCGCAGAGAGCAGGAGGAGUCUGCUGUGGCUGCCGCCGCUGUGGAAACUGUCACGGCCAUGUCUGUUCCCUCGGAACCCAUGGAGCUCCAGCCGUUGCAAACGGAGGACAAAGAUGUCGCGCUGUUGAUCGAACCCCAACAAACACACUCCCACGCCCACUCUCAUCAGCACCCGGACUUCAAAGAAGAGCUGGGUCACCAUCACUCACAUCAUCCCCAUCACCACUCCAAUGAACUAGACCUGGAGACGGUCCAGGCCGUCCAGUCUCUGACGCAAGGGGAAGCCCAGGAUGAAGAGACCGAGCCUCAUCAUGGGGCUUACCAGGACUGUGAAGAGACACUUGCGGCCUGUCGGACUCUACAGAGUUACAGCCACACCGGGGACGCCGAGGAAGAGGCGCUUGCAUUAGUCGAGGAGUGUGGCGCCUCACAACACAGCAGCCCAAUGCCCAAUCCCCCAAUGGCUUCCCUUCCCAGUCAGUCUGUGCGUUCGGUGAACAGUCCAGGAUUGCCGUCCACCAUCAUGGAUACAACACCAACUGGGCAGAGAGGAGGAACUCCUGGUCCCACGGCGCCAGGUGGAAAUUCUGGUGGAAGUGGAAGUGGGUACACGCAAAUCACUCCGGAACAUCCCAGUUCUUUGUCCGCACCCUCUCAACAGAACAUGGAGACCUCUCCAAUGAUGGACGUCCCGUCUGUGUCGGACCACUCGCAGCAAGUGGUGGACAGCGGCUUCAGCGACCUGGGCAGCAUUGAGAGCACGACAGAGAACUAUGACAACCCCAGUAGCUAUGACUCCACUAUGGGCGGAGGAGGCAAUGGGACAGGAAAUGGGGGCAACGGAGGAGGGAUGUCAGUCCCAGGAGCUUCCUCCGCUUCUUCUUCUGCUGCCUCUUCUUCCAGCUCGGCCACCCCGUCGUCGUCCUCUCAGUCCAACAGCUGCUCCUUCGUUCCAGCUCCCAGCUUAGCAUCUUCCACGGGAAAUGGAUCUUCUCAGCAUGGACUGGGAAGCUGUAGCCUCAUCCAGCAAAGCGGAUCUGGUGCCAACAGCGCUCCCGGAACCAGUAACGGCACUCCCGUCCCCCAAGCUCCACCUCGUCCUCACCCAUCCAGCACACCCGGCUGUGGAAUUAAAUCUCCACAGAGCUGCGGCGUUAUCGAGAGGCCUCCGAGCACCAGUCAGCAACAGCAGCAGUCGUCCCAAAAAAAGGUGCCACAGCAGCCUCCUCAGCAGCAGCAAGCCCCCAACUCCCAGCCCCCGUCCUCUGCCCCACCUCCGCAGCAGCAGCAGCAGGCUCUUUCACAGUGUAGCAUGGGUAACGGCUUUGGCUCCACUCCCAUGAUCAUGGAGAUCCCCGAGAGCGGAGGGGGAGGUGGCCGUACCCUGUACGAGCGUAUGGGUCAGGACUUUGGCACAGGGGGCUACCCCCAACCCUCUGCAACCUUCAGCCUGGCCAAACUCCAGCAGCUCACAAACACCAUCAUGGAUCCCCACGCCAUGCCUUACUCCCACUCUGCCUCCGUCACCUCCUACGCCACCAGUGUUUCACUCUCUAAUCCCGGGCUUGCCCCCUCUGCCCACACCCCCAUCCCCCAGGGCCAGCCCACAAUGACCCCGCCCCCUAACCUCAGCUCCGGCUCCAUGAACCUGGGCUCCCUGCAGCUGCAAUGCAACAUGCCCACCACCAACAUCAGCCUCGGCCCCCCGCCGCACACGCAGCGACUGCAGGGCCAAAUGGCGACCGUCAAAGGCCAUAUCUCCAUCCGCUCCAAAGCCACUCAGCAACUGGCGCCCGCCACGCACCAGCAGCAGCUCUACGGGCGCAGCUCGGGGGCCGUAGCCAUGCAGGGCACACCUCGCACCUUGGCUGUUCAACGCGGCAUGAUGCCCAAUCUCAUGCCCACGCCGGCGGCGUACAAUUCCAUGAACAUGACUCCGCUCAACGCCAUGUCAGCCGGCUACCGAAUGCCCCAACCAAUGAUGAACAGCGGUUACCACGGUAACCCGCCUUACAUGAAUCAGCCAGCUCAGUAUCCCAUGCAAAUGCAAAUGGGAAUGAUGGGAGGGCAGGGUUACCCCCAGCAGCCUAUGCAGCCAAAUCACCAUGGCAACAUGAUGUACACGGGCCCCUCUCAUCACAGCUACGCUGGCGUCCCAAAGCAGUCGCCGUAUAUGAGCAGAUGAACAGCCGAAAAAUGAAAAAGACAACACAGGGGGGGGGCCAAGGCUUAUACUCGCUGUACUUUUAGAUGUGCAUCACUCUUCUUCACACUCUCCGGUGCUCUGGAAGGCACCAGGAAGGAGCUGAAUUGCAACAGAGAGACUGUUUUUCUGUGUAUUCAUAGUGGUAGUUUCUCAUAGGAGAGACAGGGUGUGUACAUGGACCAGGUCAGACUUACAUAGUCCCGAAUCUCUACUUUUCCUCUUCAUGUGCAGGGGGAGAAAAGAGGAUAUGGCGAGGAAUAUACACAGAAAAGGACAAUUUGUCGGACUGCAAAUGAUAAACAGUUAUCUGGUUAUUUUCAUCCAUGCACACAAUCUUUCGACAUAGGAAGCCUUACCAUAAAAAAAAAAAAAAAGAAAAAAGACGCUUGAACAGUAGGUGCAUUCUUGUUUUGUUAAACAUGUUGAACUUUAUUUUUGUUGUUUUGGUAAAAAAAAAAAAUCCUUGUGCAGUCAGGCCUCAUAUGCUUUAGUCUUUAUAUACGUGGCAUUCUGAAAUGAGUGGCACACACACCGUUGGGGGUCUCUCACACCCGACCCCCCCGUCUCCGCAGCCAGACAGGUCACACGGUCCAAGUGAAGGAGCAGGGGCCUCCUGUGUGUGUAGAGGUGUUCAGCCAUGUUUUUCUGUCUUCCUGGAUGGAUGGCAUCAUACCAAAAACACUGCAGAGACACAGAGGAAAGGAACCGUUUUACCGUAUUUUAAUCCAUGCGUAAAUACAAUAGCAUUAUGUUGCAGAUUUCUACCGAUGUAAAUAUUCUGAUACCUCCCAUUAUCAAGCAACACACACACACACAUACACACAUGUACUGGCUAGCUCUUGCCUAGGAAUGUACAACCUUCCGCUUUCUACUUCUCCACACUCCACUGACAGUCUUUGUACAAUGUCUUCUUCUUUGGCAAUUAAAUAAAACGGUGAGAUUUUCCAUUUUAGCCGCUUCAAGGAAAACGCGGUUUACAAAUUAGCCAAUUCCCCACAAAGUGUUGAUGACCCAAAAAGGGUCGAGGUUGUCCGCUUAUGAAUCGUGUAUUCUGUUAAGCCUGUAUUUUUUUAUAUAUAUAUAUAUAUUUUAUUGUCUCUCAACUUACUGUCUUUGCUAGAGAUACUGCGGUUAGACAGCCUUUGUAAAAGGUGCACCUAAAAAGGCCUGGUGUAGUGCAUGGCUUAACUCACACAGAGGCACACUCGUACGAAAAGCAGGGUCAGAGCUUUGUUGGUUGUGGCGUUUGAAUGCCGUAAGGUGGAACGGUUCACCUUGUUGCUCCACGUACCAGUAUUCAACGUCAAGAGAGGAGUUUUUUUUUUGUUUUGUUUUGUUGUUGUUGUUUUCUUAUACACCUGACAUUGCAUACUUUAUUUGUGUCUAUUGUUCUGUUCUGAACUUUUUCUUUCUGAAUUUUAUCAGAGUGGGCAGCUUUCUAUUGCGACACAAGCUGACUCUUUUUGACUUUAGAAAACCUGUUGUAGAGAACAUGUUUUUUCUAUAAUAUAAAAAGGAAAUUCUGACAUUGA